CAGAUAUCUAUCCCGGCUCCAGAGGGAUCGACGACCUUCUCUAUCGCCAGGAUUUUGACGAUGACAGAGCCUCGCACCGUCACAGCCGAGCUUACCUACAUUGCCCGCCCGAGCCACGAAGACCGGCUCUUUCGCUUCCGGCACCAGCCCGGCGUUUCUGCCACGCGCGAACGCAACUUUGGGUACGAGACGCGCCAGGCAGAGGUCGAGAAUCUACGUGGCAGGGAGGACGUCCUGGGGCGGUGGUCGCUCGACGAGCACGGAUUCCGGUUUUUCAAGAGGGCGACGAGGUGUGAGAGGUUUACGAGCGAAGAGGAGAUUAGGGGGAGUUACUAUGAGGAGUGCGAAGGGCUGAUGAGGGAGUUAACGGGGGCGAAGAGGGUGGUGUUCUUUGAUCAUACUGUGAGGAGGAGGAUCCCGGGUAUCACCGAGGACGUGCCAGGGAAGAGGCAGCCGGCGGCGCAGGUGCAUAUCGACCAGACGCCGGGCGCAGCGCUCGCGCGGCUCAGGAGGCAUCUGGACCCCGAAGAGGCGGACGAGGUGAUCCAGCAAGGGAAGAGGUGGCAGAUCGUGAACUUGUGGAGGCCGAUCGGACAUGCGGCGUACGAUUGGCCGUUGGCGCUAUGCGCGUAUGGGUCGGUCGACCGCGAGCGGGAUUUGCUGCCGAUCACGCUCAAGUAUCCGGAUAGGGACGGGGAAACGUUCGGGAUUGUGUUCAACGCGAAGCACGAGUGGAAGUACAUGAGAGGGAUGACGCCGGAGGAGGGCGUGUUGAUCAAGUGCUUCGAUUCAAUCCAGGAUGGGACUGUCGCCGCGUUUACACCCCAUACGGCGUUCGACGAUCCAUCGAUGCCCCCGGACGCGCCGCCGAGAGAGUCGAUCGAGCUCCGAGCGCUGGUGUUCUAUGACUGA